AUGGAAGGCAUUCUCCUCUUGGUCAUGAGGUCUUUCGUGGCGGCCAUUCUCGUGGCCGCCGGUGGCUCCGUAGCAUACUUUUUCAAACUGUUGGUCAAGAAUCGCAGAAAGAUAGCAGAUUUGAGGAAGCAAGGACUUCCCGUGGUCCCUCACAGCUUCAUUUUUGGAAAUCUCUUGGAGGCCAAGAAGGUCUUUGACAUCUUACCACCGGGCGCCCACGCAAACUAUACCCUGGCAAAGCUUGCCGAGCCUUACCCCAACGGCGCCUUCUACAUAGACACAUGGCCCAUGGCCGAUCCGAUGCUCGUCGUUACUGAUCCGGGGAUGGCGCACCAGGCCGUCUACCACCCCGUCGCGGGCUUCCAGAAGCCGGCCAUGCUCGUCGGCUGGUUCCACCCCAUCACUGGUGGUCCCAGCCAGUUCGAUACCAACGGCCGCCACUGGAAGCGCCUUCAUAGCCUGUUCAGCCCCAGCUUCAGUAACCAGAACAUCACAGCAGAGGUCCCUGUUAUCAUCGACAGUGUCUGCACAUUCAGGGACAGAUUACUGGAUCAGGUUCGAAAAGGCGAAAUGUUCCGUUUGGAACCGCUGGCGCUUGACCUCAUCGUCGACGUAAUUGGCCAACUGUUGUUGAACAUACGCCUCGACACCCAAAAGAAGAAGCAUCCACUGGCUGAGUCGAUGAAGGGACAGUUGCGACUAAAGUUCACCUCCCAUAAGCCCGAGAACGUGCUGUCCGGCAUUGACCCCUUCCUCAAGUUCCGCACCUGGAACGGCGGCAGGAUCCUCGACAACCACAUCAAGAAGCAGAUCAACGCCCGGUUCCAGGUACUCAGAGAGAACAAAGUGCACAACCGUGAAAAGAACGAGAAGUUCCAGUCCGUUCUCGACAGCGCCAUCGAAAACUGGCUCGAGCAGCCUCAAAACGCGGGCCGCACGACUCUGGACGCAGAUUACCUCCGAGUCAUGACCCGCAACAUGCGCAUGUUCUUCUUCGCGGGCUACGACUCGUCCGCCGCCACCAUCGUGUACUGCUUCCACAACAUCUACUCUCGUCCUGAAAUUCUUGCCAAGAUCCGCGCGGAGCACGACGAAGUCUUUGGCGUCGACGUAGCCUCCACGCCCUCCAAGAUCGUCGAGAACCCCAGCCUUCUCAACUCGCUGCCUUACACCAACGCUUGUAUCAAGGAAUCCCUCCGCCUCUUCCCGCCGGCGGGCGGCAUCCGUCAGGGUUCACCGGAUCUGGUGCUAAAAGACGCCCAGGGUAAUGAAUAUCCGACGGAUGGAAUCGCCGUGACGAUGCUUCAUUGGUCCAUUGGGCGCAACCCGAAGAGCUGGGUGCGGCCGGACGAGUUCAUCCCGGAGCGCUGGCUCGUGACGGACCCGGAACAUGAGCUGUAUCCCCCCAAGGGCGGCUGGCGGAUCUUCGAGUACGGGCCAAGGUUGUGCGUGGGACAGCAGCUGGUAAUGACGGAGGUGAAAGCGGUUCUGGCUUGCACCGUCAGGGAGCUUGACAUGAAGGAUGCAUACGCGGAGCUCGACGGAGAUAAGCAGUUUGAUUUGAGCGCAGUUGGCGGACAGCGGGUUUUCAUGGUGGAGGCGGGGGCCGCGCAUCCUACGGACGGCUACCCAUGCCGAAUUUCCCUGAGCAAAUAUGCCACUGACCGUUCAUGA